AUGUCAAGCAAAUUUCUACCUGUCGGAGUGGAUGAGUCGCAGCGACAGCUCUUCGCCCGUUCCCUACGCCCUCGCCUAGAAGCCGAGCUCCAGCAGCAGAUCGUGAUCUAUGCUCAGCAGUUCGGCGACGUAUCUGUAUACCACGCUCGCCACAUCAUCAGAGAGCACGCCGAUGCCUUCUUCCAGAGUCUCCGUGGUUCUUCAUCCCCGUCACGACCCCAUGCAGCCCAGAACACAGCAUCGAGAGCGGAAACUGGGGCAUCGCGAUGCAGGCUAUACCUAGUUCGACCUGGUCAGCCUCUCUCCUAUACAACUAUAUCCAUAUUCUUAGGCAACGUCCAGAGCAAUCUUCGCUCGACUCCUGCCGCGAUAUUCCAACAAGCUCUGUCCUCCCCCGAUCUGCUCCAGCUUCUUCAGCGUCAGCACGGUACUCCAUCAACGUAUCUGCCAUUGCGACAUGUCGCGGUGUGUCCUAUCGUUGACAGAAUAAGGAAACUUGGUCAUGCAAUUCGCGUUGGGGGUGCGUUCAAGAAGAUGAUUCGUGUCGCAAUGAAAACCCUUGGCCAUCUCUUCAAAGAUACCAGCUUCGGAAAGCAACUAGAGCGACCAAUCGCCCGUUUCAUACUUGGUCUCAUUCUGGAGCGCGAGUGUGCGAACUUCGGCCCCACUCCCUUCUUUGUUGAUCGAGCGCGUCUCUACACCGUGCGACUUCAAUGCCUUACUCGCUAUCUCGAUAAGAUCAGUCGCAGUGCGCAAGACAUAGCUGAGAUCAUUAACAACCUUCGUAUGCCUACUGUCCCUGACACGAGCCGCUCGGGCGCGCUCAUUCGACAGGGUAACAUGAGUAUCGGUACCUACAUCGCGCGUAGUGCGAGCCCUGUAGCCUCCCCACAUACCAUUGCUGCUUCAGCAUCCGUCACUCAGAUCGCUGAACCUAAGCUGGCUACCCCAAAACAGACAUCUGAUACCUUGGAAUCCAGGUCUGACGCUGCACCUAAUUCACAAACAUCGGUACCGGUGGCGUCAAGCACGAAUGUAUUGCAGCAUACGACACCGGUGUUUACAACACACAUCGUGCCAAAUACACACGCUGUGAGCCUCAGCAUCCAGCCUCGGUCCAUCACCACCCAAGUGACACAGCUGGUAGGCGCCACAACCCGCAAUGUCAACGCUAAUGGCCCGCCCACCAUCCAUGUAGCCUUCCCGCCGAGUGAUGCAGUGGAAGAUUGUAUCCCAGAGCCUACUCGUUGCCAGCAAUUCGGCACAACAGACUCACGCGUGGGGCUCUCUCAAACUAUGGACGGGGUAGAGAACUCGUCUGCCUCUAAUUAUGGUACCAACACUGGACAUGAUGACAUGGAUGGCGUGCAGCAAACUAAUCAACCGACUGUCGUUGCACCCGCUUCAAGUCUUGGGCAAAAUGAGAACCAAAACAUGCCCGAUGCGCCUCCACUUACGAAGGUUGCAUUCGAGUCUACUACCAAAUCAACUGGAGCUUCGUCUAGCAUCACUGUCGACGAGACGAACGAUCAGAAAAUGCCUGACGUGCUUCCAACAACGCGCCCCAUGCUCAGUAUUGCUAUCGGAUCCAACUUAGCUCCGCCUGUUACUACUGCCGUGGUCACUAAGGAUCAGGAUAUGACCGAUACACCUCUCCCAGAGCAGUCUACAGUCGGGUCCGGCCGCCAUAUCUCUGAAGCUCCCACUAUCACAACCAUAUCGUCUGUUAAUCGAACCGAGCGAUCCACGUUCACACCUCCUGUGGCUCCUCUAACAUUUCCAUCGUCGGCUGGGCAGCCUUCGGCGACUUCAUCGUUCUCCAGUCCGACUGGCGCUGAAAGCACUAUCCAGUCACGGGCGAAGUUGAGGGCGCAGGCAAACUCACAUAACCAUUGGGCUAACGGAAAGGCCCAAGUACUACUUGAACAGGUCUUUGAAUUACACCGCGCUCUUCAACAGGCUCUCUCAAAGACGGACGGUCCAGGACCCAGGGAUCACUUUCGGAACGAGGUUCUUGGCUAUAUCGACAAUGCGGGUUCCGCAGCUGAGCUGGCUCAAAAGAUCGACUACGCAAUGAGGUAUCAAAUGUUGACCAAUGCGGACUUCAACAAGCUUGCAAGACAUGCACACGAUGGACAACAUGCUAGACGGCGGGAGGCGCAAGGGAACAUCGCCAUACAGAACACGGGCAACACUCCGCAGACAAACAAGCAGGUUGCUCCAUCUCAAGCCGCUGAUGAAGACAAUGCGCAGCCAGCUGCUCCCUUCACGCCAUUUGCUUCAUCUCAAGCCGCAUCCAAUGUUAUUGUGCAGCCAACCAAUCUCGCCGCCCCUUCUCAGACGGCCAAUACCAGCGUUACAAUAUCAGCUGGCUCCCUCAGGAGAGAAUCGGCAACAUCAGGGCCACAAUCGGGCAGAGAGGAAUUGACUAGAUUGCUGAUUGAGGCGCAAAGGAAGAUGAUGAACAAGACAGACAGAGCCUGGUCUUUUUUUGCGGGCAUGUUCGACUACUCAUGGCGGAAACCAUCAGACAAUGAGAUUGUGCUAGAUUAUGUCAUCAAACAUCCCAGGUUCCAGGGUUCUGACAGCAGCAACCGAAAGAGGGUCAAUAUCGAAUGGACUAUCGACGUGAUCAGAGAAUUGGUCGCCGACCCGGCGCCCUCCAGCUGCGAGAUCUUGGUCUGGACGUGCAACGAAGCACUAAAUGCUCAAGACGUCAAAGCCGAUGAAGAGAUACCCGGAUCGUACGCAACCUGCGCCGACCGCCAGAAAGAGCUUGGGCCACUCUUCAGACGUAUUUCCGCCACGAACUUUGGGCUCAUGAAACAAGUCUUCCCGAGUGGUUGCCUGACGUGGGACGAGAUGAAGAAUCUUGCGAAGACAGAAGAGCUUAGUUUCUUCAAGGACAAGAAGCCUGGGCGCUAUGUCCCCUACAUGCGAAACCUGAAGGAGUACUGGCGCGUCGAGGACAACAUGAAAAAUUUCAUUGUUGAUCGAAAUGAGGCUCAGAGUAUGGCUACCGGCCAAGAAACUACAUCCGGACUCACAGGUUCACCAAAGGCCAAGCGCAACAUCGCAGGGAUCUCUUCCGAUCACGACAAGGUUUCGAAAGAGAAAGAUGCUGAUGCAAUGAAUGACGAUGAUGAUGAUGAAACGAAUGUACCGGAAGCGAACGACCCAGCUUCGAAGCGCUUUUGCAUCGCACUCACUGAGAAGGAAGAACGUGCUGCGAUGAAGGAGAAGAUGGGGCGUAGAGCUGAUGACUCUGGUGGAAGCGAUCGAAUGAAGCGGAGUCGUGAGUGA